AUGGUGGUCCCCGCUCUUCGGCUGGUCCUCCGAGCCGGACUACGUCGGGACGACGCCAGCGAGCCAGCCGGCGGCGGAUCAGGACGAGAAUCGCCCGGAUCUGGAUGCGAAGCAGGCCAGAUCUCGAUUCUCCCCGGGCUGCUUCACCGCCGAGAAGGCCAAGCAGCUCCGUAA